AUGGCCCACAUAACCAUCGGAAAUGUCCAAGAUACUCAUCGGCGGCGCUGCUCUCCGACCAUAUUGUUGGACGUGAUUCGUGACGAUGGCAGUGUCGGUGCUCAAAUCAGUGACGUUAUUCCCGAUCCAGGUGCUGAGGUCAGUGUCGGUGGCCGCGACGUUAUGGCAGCUUUGGGCCUAGUUGAAAAGGAUCUGGCGGCUUCGUCAUUUGACCUAGUAAUGGCCGACAGAUCCUCUCCGUUGUUGUCAAUUGGACAGCGAGACAUUCAUAUCCGGUAUGGAGAUCGGAGCGCUCAUAUCACGAUUGUGUUCUGCCUGGAAAUCCGCGGCAUGCUCUUAUGCCGGUUGGAUUGCGUCGAAUUAAAUAUUUUGCAUCGACAAUACCCGAAGCCGCUGUCUCGAGUGCGUUCGGUUACGUUUUCAUUGCCGGAGGAAAAUUUACCAAGUGAUACAACUUCCACUUCACCUGGCGGGACGUUUCUCAAGGAUAUUUACAUCCCCAUGGAGCCUACCACGGAGCAGAUUUCGACCAUCGAGGCGGCUAUCAGCGCCGAGUUUGAAGUGGUUUUUAACCAGGAAGAGGGGUUACGCAAAAUGGCAGGCCCGGAUAUGGUAAUUCGCCUCCGCGACGAUGCAGUCCCAUUUUAUGUCAAUGGUGCGCGACCCAUUGCUUUCGGGGAUCGUUCUGACGUGAAACGUGUGCUAGACGACCUGGUGGCGAAAAAGGUGAUCGUGGCAGUUAGCGAGGCGUCGGAGUGGGCCGCUCCAUUAGUCGUCAUUCGGAAUGCAAAAACUGGAAAAAUUCCCCACGUCGCGGGAGUAUGUGCAGUAUUGCAGGCAGCGCGGACGGCAGGAAUCACCUUCAGUAAGGAGAAAUUUCGGUUUGCUCAAUCCCGCAUUUCUUGGGUCGGAUAUGAUAUCCGGCACGGCGGCAUCACCAUCGAGGAAGAAAAACUCAAAGCGCUGUCGCAUUUUCCCAAGCCAACCAACGUAUCAGAGCUGCGUUCUUUCAUGGGGUUGGUUGAACAAUUGGCGGGAUUUUCUACUGAAGUGACGGCGGCCAAGAGUCCCCUUCGUCCCCUUCUCAGCACGCGCAAUCCUUUCGUAUGGACCGAAGAUCAUGAUCGGUCUUUCGAGGCUGUAAAACUGCCCCUUAUCUCUCCGCCUGUGUUGGUGCACUUCGACCCCAUGCGUGAAACGACAAUCCAGGUCGAUGCCUCGCGCAAACACGGUAUGGGAUAUGCGCUUUUACAACGACAUGGCGAUUCCUGGAAGCUGGUGGACGCCAACUCUCGCUGGUGCUCGGAUACGGAGUCGAGAUAUGCAGUGGUGGAACUUGAGUUGGCGGCGGUGGAAUGGGCAAUCCGGAAAUGCCGACUUUACUUAUCCGGAUUACCCAAUUUUACAUUGGUGGUGGAUCACCAAGCAUUGGUGGCCAUAUUGGAUCGAUACACAUUGGAUGCUAUCGAUAAUCCCAAGAUCCAGCGCCUGAAGGAGCGUCUCUCCCCGUGCGCCUUCACAACGAUAUGGCGGAAGGGAAAAGACCACGCUAUUCCCGAUGCAUUAUCGCGGGCACCUGUGAAUGAUCCGGCGGCGAACGAUGAAUGCGUCGGAGCGGAGUUGGCGUAUUCCGUGCGUCGCAUCACACUUCAAGGCAUCAGCAGCAUUUGCAGCCCACAUGACGAGUCGGAUCUCUCGAGCCAUUUGACGGAUAAUCUAUUCGAAAACUUGCGAGCGACGGCAUCAGCGGACCCCCAUUACGUCGAUCUGGUGGCCGCCGUGGAAUCCGGAUUUGCUGUCGACCGUGCGCGCACCCCCGAUCACAUCCGACAAUUCUGGUCGAUUCGGAAUCAUUUAUCAGUGGAUAACGGCAUCGUCCUAUACGGUUCACGAAUCGUCGUACCCAUGGCGGCACGUCAGGACAUGUUGAACAAGCUGCAUGCGGCUCACCAGGGCAUUGUCAGGACGAAAAGGCGCGCUCAGCAGACGAUCUACUGA